CAUUCAUUUUGAGUUAGAACUGUCAGUUUAAAUUCAUCAUCUUUCUUUUUAAAACCAUGCGUAGCUCCUGAAAACACCUGGAAGAAACAGACGUCCAAAAGCUAAAAAGUAUACCUUAUAUCUUAAUUUAGCGUGAGUUCUGUUCCGUGUGGUUUGGUCAGACUGAGUGGAAAAAUAUGAUUUUCUGCCAUGGCACCUGUAAUUCUGAAGAAGUAUGUCAAGAAUUUGAGGUCAGGUGGAGAAUGUCAGCUUGUCCGCUGGUAUUCAGAAUCAGGUCAUAUUUUUGUAUGUUUCACAUUGGGGUCUUGGGUUUUUUUUUUUAAAUAAACGUUUUGUAGAGUUUCUAGUAAGUUGCUUUUCUUUUUUCUUUCAAACUAUCAAUCAUCAGGAACUUCUAGGACCAUAGUCAUGUAUUUUACAUUCUUUUGGGGCCCUCUACUGGUCAGUUUUAGUUUGUAUGGGUUGCUUUGUUAGCUUAUUGCAUCCUGGGAAUUUUUCUUCAUUGCGUGUCUGGGUUCUGCUCUUUCCUAGAGUUCACAUCUUUUUCUUACUUGGACUUUAUUUUUAUUUUGCUGGUAAUACAUUCUGUAGUAUGUUUUUCAAAAAGGGUUUUAUGUUAUAAAGAUCCCAAGGCACUGCAGUUUUGAAAACACCUUUAUGUUGCGUAAACUUUGAUUGAUAGAGGCUUUUUCUUAAAUUCUAAGUUCAAAAUAAUUUCCCUUAAGAACUUUGAGGGAAUUUCUUAUUGCCUGCUGUCUCAAAACACUUAGUGGUGGUCUGAUCCUUUACAUUUAGAGCUAACAUCCUCAUUUUUUCUGAUAGGAAAUUUUCAGCUAUUCUCUUGAGAUCUUACAAUUUUAUGAGGAUGGGUCUAAGAAUCCAGGGUUUAAGAAUCAGGGUCUAAGAAUCCAGGGUCUAAGAAUCUGCCUACUUGGUAUGAGCCUUUUUCUGUGUAACUCAGUUGAAUCCUUCUUCAGCAUCUUCUGUACUUGUAUCCUUCCAUGCCUCUGCCUGCCCCUCUGAGGUCACCAGGAGACUUUAUGGUUUUGGCUCUGUGGUCUUUAAAUUUUCUUAUAUUUUUAAAUUUUUCAUCUUUUCCUUUAUGUUCUAGGAUAGGAUUGGCAAGCUGUAAUGUGAAGGGCCAGAUAGCAAAUAUUUUAGGCUUUGUGGACCAAGAGGCAAAAUUGAUAUUUAUACAAGAGAGCAAAGAAAUCUCAUAUAAUUUGUAUUGAUAAAAUUUAAAGUAUAAUAAUCAUUAUGUACAGUUUUAUUUUGCGAUGCAUUCUGGCUAAGAGAAUAGCAUUCUUUGGACCACUAACAUUGCUUAAAUGGGGUAUCAAAUUGAUUUGAAUGUUCAUUUUUAGGAGUAUCAUUCUCAGCAGUAGCCCCAAAUAGCAGGCAGCGGGUGCUCUGGCUUCUGACUUGCAUCUCUUCCUCCACAUCACUAAUUUGACCUUCAGCUAUGUCCAUUUUAUUAUUCAGCUUUUCUGUCGACCUUUUCAUUUUGGCAGUCACAUUUGUAAUUUCUAAGAUGCCUUUCCACCUUUGCAGCACCUGCCUCAUAUCUCCUCCUCAUGUCUCAGGAGGAGCGUGGUUGUGUUUUGGAAGGAGCCCUGGUGGGAAUAGUCUGCAGGCUCAGGCCAGGAUAUUGAUGGGGAUCUUUGUGUCUUACUCUUGGUUCCCUUUUCUCUCAGAAUCUGUGAUGGAGGUCAAGGCUACUUGGUCCUGCUCUGAGGAGGCAGUUUUUACAGAGAAGAAAUUGGAGUCCAGACAAUGCAUGCUCUGCCCUCAGUCUCUGAAGAGAUAAGGGAUGAUCCAGUCAAUACUAGACAUUUAGUCAAACAAAUCUAGUUCAGUAGUAUUUUCCUGGACCUUCUUUAUCUGGGCACAUGUAAUAAUAAUUGAGGCAUGAAGUUACUGAUCUGAACAAUCAGUCUUUUCAGAAUCAAGAAAUACUGAAUUUUGUCACAGUUUGAGUUGAGGCAUAAGAAAUUGUAUUUUUAUAGGCAGAAAAUUGUUAAAUCAUUUUGACUUGGUUCAGCUUAAUGUUAAUAAGUUAUAUUCAUUAUGUUGAUCUGUGAGCAUAUGUGGUCACUAUAAUUAACCAGAACACAUAGUUGAAAAGCCUCUCCCAUUCAUAUCCACAGGUCAUUCUGGAAUAUCCAGGAUAUGACAGUCUUCACUCUCAAUCCAGCUUCUUUUCUAAGUUAGGAGAUUUGACCCUACAGAAGUUAAAAUGAGCUUGUUCAGGGACACACACAUUAGUGGCAAAACUGACUCAAACUCAGGAGUCCUGGAGGCAGGAAGAGGUCUUAGAAGGAGUUCUUUGCUCAAGUCCCAGAACUGCUGUUCCCUUGGAGCAAAUUCUGAAACAGUCAGUCGAUAGGUCCCCCUCCUGCUGAGGGCAGCAGCUCCUGUGACUCGGAGGGGUGGCCCUGGCAUUGCUCUUGACUGGUGGUAACUCUUUUUAGCUUGGACAUUUGCAUUUGCAGAACAGCUGGACUUCUAAAAUACUACCCUUUAGCUGCCUAUUCAAUGCUAACUAGAAAUGUGGUGAGGCUGCCACAGGGCUCUGUGACCUGGAGGGAUUGAGGAAGAUGUGCUGGUUUUACUAAGAAAAAUAAGCCAGUCCCCUGUGUGUCUUUUUGUGUUGUAGCCUGUUUGGGUUUUGCACUCAGUUUCAGAGUGCUGCCUGCCUCUUAACCUUUCUUAAAGCAUAAACAGCUUCAGUGGGCUCUGCAGAAGGAAACUGUGGUUUCUGUUCUUCCUGUUCAUUCACAUGUGUUUUUCAGAGGGAGGUCUAACAUCUGACCAUAUUUUUCAACAGUAUCACAAGUAAAUAGGGGAGAAUGCAUAGUAACUGUCAGCAGAGCGGGAGGAACCAAAAUUUCUCCACAGAAAUUCUUCCAAAACCAGAUUUUUCAGAUGGGGUCUCCCAUGGCAAAUGAGCCUGGAAUUGUGUCGCCAUUUAAACGAGUAUUCCUAAAAGGUGAAAAGAGUAGAGAUAAGAAAGCCCAUGAGAAGGUGACAGAGAGGCGCCCCCUGCACACUGUGGUGUUGUCCCUGCCUGAGCGCGUCGAGCCCGACAGACUGCUGAGUGACUACAUCGAGAAGGAGGUGAAGUACUUAGGUCAGUUAACGUCCAUACCAGGAUACCUGAAUCCCUCCAGUAGGACCGAAAUCCUGCACUUCAUAGACAAUGCAAAGAGAGCCCACCAGCUCCCCGGCCACUUAACCCAGGAGCACGACGCUGUGAUCAGCUUGUCUGCCUACAAUGUCAAACUGGCCUGGAGAGAUGGGGAGGACACCAUCCUCAGGGUCCCCAUCCAUGACAUUGCUGCCGUGUCCUAUGUGCGGGAUGAUGCCUCCCACCUGGUAGUACUGAAGACAGCCCAGGACCCCGGCAUCUCCCCCAGCCAAAGUCUGUGUGCAGAAAGUUCCAGAGGCCUCACCGCAGGCUCGCUGUCAGAGAGUGGAGUGGGGCCUGUGGAGGCAUGCUGCCUGGUGAUCCUGGCCACAGAAAGCAAGGUUGCCGCGGAAGAGCUGUGCUCGCUGCUUGGGCAAGUCUUCCAGAUUGUAUACACGGAGUCCACCAUCGACUUUCUGGACAGAGCCAUAUUUGAUGGGGCCUCGACACCCACCCACCACCUAUCCCUUCACAGUGAUGACUCUUCCACCAAAGUGGACAUGAAGGAGCCCUAUGAGACGGAAGCCAGCACUUUCUCCUUCUCUGAGUGUGUGCACACAGGCGGUGUCUCGCCCUUGUCCUUCUGCAUGCAGACAUCACCCCACGCCAAGACAGUUAGCGAGAGUGAGCUGAGCGCCACAGCCGCCGAACUGCUGCAGGACUACAUGCAGACGCUGCGCACCAAGCUCUCGUCGCAGGAGAUCCAACAAUUUGCCGCACUGCUGCAUGAGUAUCGCGAUGGGGCCUCGGUGCAUGAGUUUUGCAUCAACCUGCGGCAGCUCUACGGGGAUAGCCGAAAGUUCCUGCUGCUGGGUCUGCGGCCCUUCAUCCCCGAGAAGGACAGCCAGCACUUCGAGAACUUCCUGGAGACCAUUGGGGUGAAGGACGGCCGUGGCAUCAUCACUGACAGCUUUGGCAGGUACCGGCGGGCUAUGAGCUCUACCUCCACUUCCACCUCCAAUGGGAACAGGGCGGCGGGCAGCUCCGACGACCAGUCUGCGCCCUCAGAGGGGGACGAGUGGGACCGCAUGAUCUCGGACAUCAGUAACGACAUCGAGGCACUGGGCUGCAGCAUGGACCAGGACUCGACCUGACUGUGCCGGGAGGCUCCCGGGACCUCUCAAAGGCAUGCCCUUCCCGUUCCAGGGCUGAAACAGGGCGAGGGGCCCCAGACACAGGGGGCCCUCUACUGUGAAGGGGCGCCGCUGCUGUGGGACAUGCCCCAUUGUGGGGGCAGAAGGCUGUGCCUUGUCUGCCUGCACAUGCCCCGCUCCCAGAGGGGGUCCUGGCUGCCGGACCCCAGACAGCGGUUGGUUUUGCACAUGAUGUACCUAUUGAAACUCUCAGAGACCUUAAAAGAAGUUUACCGCAAUGUGAAUAAUUUACUGUCUGGUUGCCACUGUGUUUCUCGCUCAGCUUUGAGAGCCAGGACAGUGAGAUGGGUCUGCCCAGCCCCUUCCCUAGCCAGCAUGCCCAGAGCUGGGCUGGGAACUAGGACGGGCCUGGUGGCACAGGUGGUGAUAGGCCACGGGAAGGACCUGAUUGUGCUUCUGCUUUGUGGACACGGGGCCCUGAGGAUGGGGACAGGAAGGCUACCCGGAUGUGUGGGUGUCGCUGUGGGCUGUGCACUGGCCUCUUAAGGGUUGCUGCCUGUUCUCCAAGCCCAAACCCUACACUGCCCGGUCUCACCUGCCUCUCAGCUGCCAUCUCCAGAGCAAACCCUGGAGGGUAGGGUAUGCUACCUGAACCAGCCCCAUAGGGGUCCCAGUUUUCAGGUAUACUUAGGGGAACACCAGACCUUCCCACCCAGUCCAGGCCUCUUGGCCUGGAUCCUACUUGGUCUUGCGCCCUUUCCCUCUGUGCCCUUGGAACACAGGAAGGCAGUGGAGGUGACAGGUGCCUGGACCCCAGGGCAGGGCUGUCGUGUGAUGGGCCUGGUGCCUGGACACUGAAGUGCAGGCAUGGGAGGCCUAACUCCAGGAUUCCCUCUUUACUCAGAAGGCAGCUUCUACCAUGUGAGGCCCCUGACAGUGCACAAAGGAAGCUCUGGGGCUAAGGGAGGGGCAGAGCCCUGGGCUCACAGUACAGUGAACGGGGCACAUGUAGGGUUCUGCACUGUCCCUUGGGCUCCUUUCUGAUGAGAUAGACAGAUCAGGAUGGGACAAAGUAUCAGACUUUACUCUGGAUCAGACUCAUACCUGGGUGUGGCCCUGGCCAGGAAAGCUAAAGGAGACACUUGAUAGUUGCAGUUUCUAGGCUUCUCUGCCCAUGUAUGAACACAAGUGCACGUAGACAGACUGCCUGGAAGUAUCUGCAAGGACUAAAGAUAGUCACAGGUACUAGGGGCCAAUCUUCCAGAGCCCACCCUGGGCCUCAGCAGGACACAAAGGAUGACCAUGUCAACAAAGGUGGGUCUGGCACUUUGUCAGUCAGGGUCAUUCCCUCCCUUCAGGGGCUGCCACCUGCUCAUGACCCCACCCUGUGUGUUCCCCACCCUCUUGUCCUGGGACAUGGCCCCACAUCACCAGUUCCUGGACUUGGAAAAGAGAGACUAUGGGGAGUAAUUCCCUCUAGAUCUGGAUGCAAUAAGGGGGAUUAACUGCAUCGCCUCCUGAGCAAAUGCUGUCUUCCUGUGGCUUCUUCAGCCCCACAUGACUCCAUGAGACCAAAAGCCCUUCUGCUUCUGGGGAGUUCUUUCUGAAAACUCUAGUUCCCCUACUCCUUGGGCCACAGCCAGAUGACCAGGUCACCUGAAAUCUCUGGAUAAAGAGGGUACCAGGGAAAUGGGUCUGGGGGGCGGACCCACCACCCUCUUGAGGAGGUGGGUUAGACCACCACCCUCCCCGGGUGCUGUGUGAUUCCAGAAAGCAUCUUCAAACUCAUCUGUUUAGCUGGAACCUGCACUGGGGGAGCAGCUGCAGCAGGAGCAGAGAAGUGAUGAGUGACACCCAUUUAUUGAGCAGCAGAGCUGAGGGGCAGGAUGGAGGCAGGUACUGGUCAGUGGCUACAUUGUCAGCUCCUGCAAGAAAUGCAGAAGUGAGGGUCAGGCUGGAGGGGCCCAGUAGAGCAGCAGUGUGUCUAGGGGCCCACCAGCUCACCAUGAUGGCGUUGACUAUAUCACUCUGGUUGUCCCUCAGGGCCCGCACGGCCUUGGCUCUCGAUACGCUAGCCUGUGCCAUCACCAGCUCAAUGUCACGUAGCUCCAGCCCGGCCUCAUCCACCUGCAGGGAAACAAGUGGGGGAGUGUCUGGAGCCGUGUACCUUCUCUCUGCCCUCCCCCAACCCCCCAACUGCAGGUCCCUCCUCCCUAACCUGCAUGUCAGGGCGCCAGACCCUGGGCCUCACCUUGUCCUCUUCCUCCUCCUCGCAUUUGGGCCCCCCCUGAGGCUCAGGGGCAGACUCUGGGACCAGAGUGGUGGGCUCCACAGGCACCUUGAACUUCUCAGCAGCAGCUCUGUGCACUUGCUGGGACAGGUCCUCUAUCUGCAAUCCGGGUACAGCUGUGAGCUGAGCUUAUGUCCCCAGCACCUGCCCCACCCGUCAUUCCUCCCCCAGCCCCCCACCCAGCUGGGACCUUGGCCUCUCCGAAGACCACAUAGGUGUCUGAGGCUGGGCUCUUGAAGACAUCAGGCUUGGUGAUGACGAAAAGGAUGUUCUUCGACUUUUGGAUGGUGAUCCUGGUGACCCCCUGGAUCUGUCGCAAGCCCAAUUUGGACAUCGCCUGAGGGCAUAAUGGGUUCAGACCUGGCCUUUGGCUCCAGGAUCCCAAUCCGGAUAAGGAAAGGAGCAGGCCCAGGGGCCAGACCUUAGCCUCUGGGCCGGAGGGAGGCAAGCAGCACAAUGCUAGGGGAUAAGGGCUCUACCACCAACUCCUGAGGACCCUCUGCAGCCCCUGGUAUGUAUAAUAGGGCACUGAGCUCACUCUGACGGGACCAUCUCAACUGAUACUUGGCCCCAGGAAUUUAAUACAAAGGUGUUCUGGUUACUGCGUUUGCCCAUGGCCACCACUGAUGGGAUUUGUUUACUGUGGGGUGUGGAAUGUGUGGGUUGUCUAGAAACCUCCCCUCUCCCAAUCCCUCCCCCCAGGUCUCCCUGCUCCCACCUUCCGGGCCUUCUUCUCACUGCGACUCUGCUUGGCUUUGGUGGAUGUCUCCUCACUGCUGCCGCCUGCCAGGGCCUGAGGAGGUGGGGCGGGGGGGAGGU